AUGAAGCAUAGUCAAAGAAGUGUUGCUGAGAUAGAUAAGAAGGUUCAUAGAGAAUUUGCUCACUGGUUCCGCAAUCGUAUUUGCAACAAUCUUGACAACAUUCAUGGACCAGAUAAAGAUGUUCUCAUUAGCCUUGCUUAUGGCCCUUUUGAUAAAGUUAAAAGAUUUACUGCGUUCAAUGUCAAUGGAUUCAAAUUUCGAACAUUGGAACUAGAUAAUCUUUUAAAAACUCAACAUAGUGGCGUUUUUGGCUUGUUUGGGACACAAAGUUAUUCAAGCAAUAGUGAUACCCAAAUGAGAUUUGGAGGGGUCCCUUACUAUGGAACAUUGGUAGACAUUAUUGUGCUUUCCUACGAUGGCUUCAAAGUGCCCAUGUUUAAAUGUGAAUGGGCUAAUGCCACAAACCCAAGAGGCAUUAAGAUAGAUAAGUUGGGUUUUACUUCUAUAAACUUUACAAAACUACUACAUUAUGGGGAACAUGAAGAUAAUGAGCCGUACAUUCAAGCGUCAGAAGCUCAGAUGGUUUUUUAUGUGGAUGAUGAGAAUGAACAAGGGUGGAGCAUACCUGUUCAUUUGAAGCCAAGAGACUUGUAUGACAUGGGUGGAAAUGAUGAAAUUAUGUCACCCAUUGAGCCAUAUCCAUCACAAAAUUCGGAACAAAUUUUUUUUAAUAAUGAUAUUGGAACUUCAUCAGCAAAUGAUAACAAUAAUUAA